AUGGGGCGUAGAAAAUCGAAAAGGAAGCCGCCACCGAAGCGCAAGAACAUUGAACCAUUGGAUCAACAAUUUAACUGCCCAUUCUGCAACCACGAAAAAUCCUGUGAGGUAAAAAUGGAUAAGCCUAAAAAUUCGGCUAAAAUAUUAUGUCGCGUCUGUUUGGAGGAGUAUCAAACGGCGAUAAACUUCCUAUCGGAACCGGUAGAUGUGUACAACGAUUGGGUGGACGCUUGCGAGACGGCAAACUAAGUAC